GUCAACAGCUCAAGGAUCUCAAAAUGUCCGCAGCUCUGUCUCUCUUCCUAUCCGGCCUUCUGUUGGCACCCUCAGUCAACGCUCAGGCGUAUGACUCUGGUGACCGAUCUGAAGAUGCCUUCAGCUGGAUUCAGCCGGUGAACACCACCAUCCUCGGUCCUUACGGGGACUCUGAGCCAGUCUACCCUUCCCCCAACAUCACUGGUACCGGUUGGGAGGAUGCCCUCGCCAAGGCAAGGGAGUUCGUCUCUCAACUGACUAUUGAGGAGAAGGCCGAUAUGGUCACUGGACAACCCGGUCCUUGCGUCGGAAACAUUGUCGCAAUCCCUCGUCUUGGUUUCCAGGGUCUCUGCCUCCAGGAUGGCCCCCUGUCAAUCCGUGUUGCCGACUACGCCAGUGUCUUCUCCGCCGGUGUCUCUGCUGCGGCCACCUGGGAUAGAGAUAUUCUCUACGAGAGAGGCCUUGCCAUGGGCAAGGAGUUCAAGGCGAAGGGUGCCCACAUUGCUCUCAGCCCCGUCGCUGGCCCCCUCGGCCGCAGUGCCUACUCCGGCAGAAACUGGGAGGGCUUCAGUCCCGACCCUUACCUGACUGGUGUCGCCAUGGAGGAGACUAUCACCGGCCACCAGGAUGCUGGUGUCCAGGCUACUGCUAAGCACUGGAUUCUCAACGAGCAGGAGACCAUGCGCAACCCGACUUUCGACCCCAAUGGUACUGCCACAGACAUUGAGGAACAGGCCCUCUCCUCCAACGUCGAUGACAGAACCGCCCACGAGCUCUACAUCUGGCCUUUUGCCAACGCUGUCAAGGCCAAGGCUUCUUCCUUCAUGUGCUCUUACCAGCGCAUCAACGGUUCCUACGGUUGCCAGAACUCCAAGUCUCUGAACGGUCUUCUGAAGACUGAGCUCGGAUUUGAUGGUUACGUUAUGUCCGACUGGGGUGCCACCCACACUGGUGUUGCCGCCAUCGAGGCCGGUCUUGAUAUGGAUAUGCCUGGCGGUAUCGGCAAGUACGGCAUGGACUGGAAGUCUGGAUCUUUCUUCGGCGGCAACGUCACUACUGCUGUUAACAACGGUACCCUCAACGUCGCCCGCGUUGAUGACAUGAUCGUUCGCAUUAUGACUCCCUACUACUGGCUCAACCAGGACAAGGAAUACCCUACCGUCGACCCCUCCACUGGCGACCUCAACACCUUCUCCCCCAGAUCCACCUGGGUUCGUGAGUUCAACCUGACUGGCGAGCGCAGCCGUGAUGUUCGUGAGAACCACGGUGAGCUGAUCCGCAAGCACGGCGCCGCCGCCGCCGUCCUUCUCAAGAAUGAGAACAAGGCUCUUCCCCUCAAGGCUCCCAAGUCCAUCGCUGUCUUUGGCAACGAUGCUGGCGAAGACACUCAGGGAUUCUACAACCAGGCUGACUUCGAGUACGGCACUCUCGUCGCUGGUGGUGGAUCCGGCACCGGUCGUCUGACUUACCUCGUCACCCCCCUCGAAGCCAUCAAGGCUCGCGCUUCCAAGGACGGUGCCCUCGUCCAGCAGUGGCUGAACAACACCCUCAUCAUCAACUCCAACGUCACCGAUCUCUGGGUUCCCAAGGCCCCCGAGGUCUGUCUCGUCUUCCUCAAGACCUGGGCUGAGGAGGCCGCUGACCGCCAGCACUUGAGCGUCGACUGGGACGGCAACGACGUCGUCGAGAGCGUCGCCAAGGACUGCAACAACACCAUUGUCAUCACCCACUCUUCCGGCAUCAACGACCUUCCCUGGGCCGACCACCCCAAUGUCACGGCCAUCCUCGCCGCCCACUUCCCUGGCCAGGAGUCCGGUAACUCCCUCGUCGACGUCCUCUACGGCGAUGUCAACCCCUCUGCCAGACUUCCCUACACCAUUGCCCUGAACGGCACCGACUACAACGCUCCUCCCACCACCGGCAUCAACACCACCGGCUGGUACGACUGGCAGAGUUGGUUCGAUGAGAAGCUCGAGAUCGACUACCGCUACUUCGAUGCCCACAACAUCUCUGUCCGCUACGAGUUCGGCUUCGGUCUCAGCUACACCACCUUCGAGGUCGCCGACUUUGAGGCUAGCCCCGUCGAGCAGGAUAUCACCUCCGCCCCUGAGCAGCGCCCCGUCGAGCCCGGUGGAAACCCCGCCCUCUGGGAGACCAUCUACAACGCUACCGUUUCCAUCACCAACUCUGGCGAUGUGGAGGGUGCCGCCGUUCCCCAGCUCUACGUCACCUUCCCAGACUCCACGCCGGCGGGCACUCCCCCCAAGCAGCUUCGCGGUUUCGAGAAGGUUCCCCUUGCCGCCGGCGAGACCAAGAAGGUCGGUUUCGAGCUGAUGCGUCGCGAUCUCAGCUACUGGGACGUUGUCUCUCAGCAGUGGCUCAUCCCCGAGGGCGAGUUCACCCUCAGCCUCGGAUGGAGCAGCAGAGACUUGAAGGCUACCGCCCAGAUUACCCCUGUGCAGGCGUAAGUCUUUGGUUAAUUGGUAGAUAUUUCAGUGGAGGAAUGAUACGAUGGACGAAUUAUGACUCUGG